CCGACGACGCCCAGGACUCAGAGUUUCUUUUCCUCGGGAACUCUUGGAAGCCCCCAGCAACAACCUUCGCCUGCGCCUCUGCCCAAGAAGCGAGUCUAUUCUGGGGCUAGUUAUGAACCUCCUGCUGCUGCCCCCGCUGGGGGGAUUAGACAACACUGAGGGGUUCUCUGCCUCUGCGGCCGUAGCCCGGAAAGGUUAGGAACCGUUGCUCAACUCUACCACCUCUGCCCUUGAGUGCCUGAGGCUGCUAGCCUCUGCCACCGGGUUUUUUUCCCCAUUUGAUCAACAUUCCAGUAUACCUGGAGGUGGGGAGAGGUUAGACUUCAGAGGGAGAAGGGGUUAGGGGCACCAACAUCGAGAUGUCAGCGCAAAGCCUGCUCAACAGUGUCUUUUCCUGUUCCUCUCCAGGGGCCAGUGCUGCCUCUGGCAAAAGUUUGUCCAAAAGAAGAUUGCGCCAGACCCGUAGCCUAGACCCUGCCAUCAUUCGCAACUAUGGCCGAGACCAGGAGGAUGAUGAGGAUCAUGGGGGUCUCAUUCAUAACAGGGUUGCUUUGGGCCGAAUUAGGGGAGCAGACAGUGGGGACAGCAGCCCUUGUACCUCUCUUUCUUCAGCUGAGUGCCUUGCAAUCUCUUCUUCUAGAGGUGCAGUUCGAAGGGGGUUACCACCUCCUGGCCCUCUGUGCUCUUCCUUCUCAACCCCUAGUACCCCCCAGGAAAAGUCACCCUCAAGCAGCUUCCAUUUUGACUAUGAACCAGCCUUGGGACGCAACACUCUCAAGAGGAAUAUGGCUUGGGACCUGCCUUACUUCCUAGCUGGGCACAGUAGUGGACGGUCCUCUUCCACAGCCGGCAUCCUCACCUCCCCAGGUGGAAGUACCAACAGUAUCUUCUCUUCUCCUCGAAGAUGGCUCCAGCAGAGGAAAUUACAGCCACCACCCAACAGCAGCAGUCAUUCUUACGUUGUAUGGAAAUCUGAGGGUGAUUUUACUUGGAACAGCAUGUCAGGGCGCAGUGUUCGACUGAAGUCAGUUCCCGUCCAAAGCCUCUCCGAGCUGGAGCGUGCCCGGCUGCAGGAAGUGGCUUUUUAUCAGCUGCAGCAGGACUGCGACCUCAGCUGUCAGAUUACCAUUCCCAAAGAUGGACAGAAAAGAAAGAAGUCUUUGAGAAAGAAACUGGAUUCACUAGGAAAGGAGAAAAACAAAGACCGAGAAUUUAUACCCCAGGCAUUUGGAAUGCCAUUAUCCCAAGUAAUUGCUAAUGACCGGGCCUACAAACUAAAGCAGGACUCUCAGAGAGAGGAGCAAAAAGAUGCAUCUGAUUUUGUAGCUUCCCUUUUACCAUUUGGAAGCAAGAAACAAAACAAAGAACUCUCAAGCAGUAACUCAUCUCUUAGCUCAACCUCAGAAACACCAAAUGAGUCAACAUCCCCCAACACUCCAGAACCUGCUCCCCGGGCCAGGAGGAGGGGUGCAAUGUCUGUGGACUCUAUUACAGAUCUUGAUGACAAUCAGUCUCGACUACUAGAAGCAUUACAACUGUCUUUGCCAGCUGAGGUUCAAAACAAAAAAGAAAAAGCAAGAGAUAAGAAACUGAGUCUCAACCCUAUUUACAGACAGGUUCCCAGACUUGUGGACAGCUGCUGCCAGCAUUUAGAAAAACAUGGUCUCCAGACAGUGGGAAUAUUCCGAGUUGGGAGCUCAAAAAAGAGAGUAAGACAGUUACGUGAGGAAUUUGACCGUGGUGUUGAUGUUUCACUGGAAGAGGAACACAGUGUCCAUGAUGUGGCCGCAUUGCUGAAAGAAUUUUUAAGGGACAUGCCAGACCCCCUUCUCACCAGGGAACUCUAUACUGCCUUCAUCAACACUAUCUUGUUAGAUCCUGAGGAACAGCUGAGCACCUUACAGCUCCUUAUCUACCUUCUACCUCCCUGCAAUUGUGACACCCUCCACAGAUUGCUGCAGUUCCUCUCCACGGUGGCCAGACAUGCGGACGACAAUGUGGACAAAGAUGGACAAGAAGUCACUGGGAAUAAAAUGACAUCGCUCAACUUGGCCACCAUAUUUGGACCUAACCUGCUGCAUAAGCAGAAGUCUUCCGACAAAGAGUUCUCAGUCCAGAGUUCAGCUCGAGCAGAAGAGAGCACUGCUAUUAUUGCUGUGGUACAAAAGAUGAUUGAGAGUUACGAAGCCCUUUUCAUGGUUCCUCCAGAUCUCCAGAAUGAAGUUUUGAUCAGCCUAUUAGAGACUGACCCUGAUGUUGUGGACUAUUUACUCAGAAGAAAAGCUUCUCAAUCAUCAAGCCCCCACCUGCGGAGAUCAGAGGGUUCCUUGUCCACGGAAGGGAGACAUUCAUCCACCGACUCCAACAAAGCCUCAAGCGGAGACGUCUCCCCUUAUGAUAAUAACUCCCCAGUGCUGUCCGAACGCUCGUUGCUGGCUAUGCAAGAAGACAUUGCCCUGGGUUCAGAGAAGCUGUACAAGGUGCCUGAACAGUACAUGUUGGUUGGCCACUUGCAGUCGAAAUCACGAGAAAGUUCUCCUGGACUGUGGGCUGGAAAAGAUGUGUCAGAGGAACCCUUCAAUAUUUGGGGAACCUGGCAUUCAACAUUAAAAAGUGGAUCCAAAAGCCCAGGAAUGACAGGCUCCUAUGGAGACAUUUAUGAAAGCAGUUUCCUCCGUCCAGGGCGGUGCUCCCUUUCCCAGGGGAACCUGUCCCUGAACUGCCCACGCUGGCAGGGUAGCUCCACCGAACUGGACGGCGGGAAGCAGCUCAUCCGAAGGACUCAGACCACCGCCACCAUCCCAGAGUGCAAGCCCCAUGCCCCGGUAUCUCGAGUUUGCAGCACACCCCAGAUCCCGGGCAGCAGGCGGAGCUCGGAACAAUCUCCUUCGAGAUCUGAGCAGUACUUGACUUUGAGUAGCGCGGAAGACCUCACUGAGAGUGAUGCGGCGGAGGGGUCUUGGUUGCAAAAUAGAGCCAAGUCUCUGUACCUGAGAGUAGCAGAGAGUGGCCGAAAUGAGCAGAGGCCUCCGCCUCCCUACCCUGGGCCAGGGAAGCAAGUUUCAGCACCAUCUCAGCAGCCCACCGACAAAGACAAACCGUUGUGGAGACUUCGGAGGCCGGAAGAAAGUGCCGAGACUGCGGCCAAGGAGGAAGGACAGAUGAGUGUCUCCACUGACAACUCGGGCCUGGGUCAGGAGAAUCAGGACGCAGUGAAAAAACUGGGCAAUGCUUAUUCCAUUGAAGCCAGUGAUCAGAACAGUAAAAACUUAGCAAAUCCAGACUGGCGUGAUUGGCAAAGGGAGCGAUGGCAAAUUUGGGAGCUCCUAUCCGCUGAUAAUCCAGACGCCCUCCCUGAAACUCUAGUAUGACCACAUAGUAUGACCACUUCCUGCAGCCCUUCUCCCUGUCACACACACACACACACACACACACACACACACACACACACACACACACACUCUGCCAUGAAUGUCCGUUCUUCCCUCCAGUAGGAAAAAAGAAAGAAAACGAUGCUGUUGGACAAUCAGGUGAAUUCUUCUUGUUUUACACCAACUUUGAAAGUUCAUGUAAAUAUUUUUUUAAAGUCAACACUAUUUUCACUUUAAAGAUUUUAAUAGCACUGUCAAAUGUCCAUUUACAAAGAAACUUCUGAUGCAUAGCCAGCUUUUAAGGGAGAAAAUGAAAUAAAACGAUCUAUUUUGAACAGUUGUGCCCACCAUUGGCUGUGUGUAAGAUAAAAAUCAAUUGCUUUGGUGUAGCUGAAUGUAUUUAUAUGUCUGCAGUUUUGAUGAUUGUAAAUUCUGUAAUGGGUUAUGUAUGAUAAUCAUAUACAAUAUGUGCACAAACCGAAAACAAAAGGACAGAUGAACGUGCGUUUUGUUUUCAUUUUUUAAUCACUGCACUUAUAGUAUAAGCCUCAAAAUUCUAUAGAGUGUGCACAAGCAGGUUUCUGUGCUUUUUAAAUAUACAUUUGUAAAUGGGGGAAAGCCCUUUUGUCACUGCCUGAGGAAAAACACUAAAUUUAGAGAACCGUGAAAAGCCGUAUUUUUUAUAAUAAAAGUAGUGUGUUAGGGAAACUAUAUAGUCACCACAUAUGUUUUCGGGGGGGGGGGGGGUUGGUACAAAAAUGCUUAUGAGCAAAAUUUAAAAUUUGAUACAUUAUAAAAAUAUUUUUUUAGAUUGCAUUAAAAGCUGUUGAGCUAAUCAGUCAAGAGUAAGGCCGUGCCUAACAGAUGGAAGAAUAAUUCAAAAGCCCUUCUCCCCAAUCUACAUUAAGUACAAUUUUAUAUAAACAGUAUAUAUAAUAUAUUAUAUAUUUAUAAUGUAUGAUUUUUAUGUGUUUUUCAAAACCACAAACUGGAAUCCAACUCUGAAAAUUUUAAAGCCUAAAUUAAGAUAUGCAAAUUACAACUGAAUGUGACUUUUCCUUUUACUCCACAUGCAUUCAGCAAUUAAAAAAAAAAUAUAUAUAUAUAUAUAAUUAGAUAAAUGCAGUGCUUUGGGUAUUCAAAUUAUCUUUGAAAGAAUCCACUUUUGCAUAUACAUGAUGCCAAAGGCUAAGUUCCAUGAUUUUAGGCUGCUUUGUGAACUAUGUUUGGGUGUUUUUCAAGUAACUGCAAAAUCAUUUCAUGACCAGCAGAUGGCAAUUUACUUCAGUGUUUUAUGAAAUUUUUCACUUGAUAAGGGGAAAGUGUAUUAUAAUUUUUUCUAAAACAUGCUAGUCUUAAUUUUACUGAAGAUGAUGACUUUUUUCAGUGAUGUUGUCUUUAAGUUCUAUGUGCCAUAUUUGAAUAAAGAGCUAAGCAAACUAUA